CGUAUGCAUGAUUAGAAAUUUGUGGCUUUAUCCAAAUUCACACUUCCGUUUCGGAACGCAAAAAUAAAUAUUCAAAUACCAUUUGUAUUGCAUCAAAUUCCGACUUCCCUUCCAAAUCGAUCGGAAAUGCAGACCUUGUGACGACGGUCAUGUGAGCCCGUUGGAUGGAUUGAAAUUGUCCAUGGAGAUUGGCAUGAGUCACAGAGAAUGGAACACUUCCUCAUCAGCAUGUGUGCACAUCGGGAUUAGCGUGUGUUUUAAGAUGUACCUGCUUCCCGCACCCUUUUCUUCCUGUGCUGGUCUCGUGACGCGACUCUGAUUGAGUGGAGCUUCGGUGAUAUCAGAUUAACAGAUUUUAGCCUGGCAUUCUUUUUGUUUCUUCUCAUCAUCACCUCAUCAAAUCAAUACAAUAUGCCGCCACGUGGAGGAAACGCAAAAGCCGAAGGCGGUCGUGCGAAAAAGGCAGCGAAUGCAGAUAAGAAAGCAGCCGAAGCAGCAGCUGCUGCAGAAGCAAAAGAAGCGGCACAAUGGGAUGAUCCAGGAAGCAAAAAGGGAAAAGGUAAAGAAAGUGCAGAAGCAAAAGCAGAAAAGAAAGCAGAAGAAGCAAGAAAGAAAGCAGAGCGAGAAAAACUUUUGGCGGAAGAAGAAGCUUCUAUACCGGACGGAGGUAAGAAAGGUGCAGCAAAGAAAGCUGAAAAAGCAGCUUCUGGUGGUAAGAAAAACAACUUUGUACCGAGUGGAAUCGAUGAUGCAAUCACUUCUUUGAGCGCUUCAAAUAUCGAUGAUGCUUUAGACGCUCUUUCGAUCGCAAACGAGAAAACCGAUUCUGCAUCUCAAGGCAGCAAAGCAGCAGGACUUGAACGUCAUCCUGAACGUAGAUUCAAAGCAGCAUUUGAAGCAUUCAAAGAUCGUGAAAUGGCACGAAUCAAACAAGAAAGACCAGGCAUGCGAUCACAACAGUACCAUGACGCUCUUUACAAAGAAUUCCAAAAACACCCAGACAAUCCAUUCAAUCAACUUACCGUCUCUUACGAUGCAACAAAGGACGAAAAAUUGGCUGCACUACAAUCCAAGAGAGACGCAACUGCUCGUCGUUUGGCUGGAGAAUGAGAAUAAUAGCAUUUGUAUGAAAAUUGAGAUAGAAUACAAAAUGAUACAAGAAAUGUACAAGUUCCGCUAUUGUUCUGAAGCACUUGCCAUAUCACCUUGAGACCCAUAAACACGCACCAACAUUUGACGUAAUUCUAAUCUUUGUUGUCUGCGUACUUGUGAGGCAUUGGCAAACGAUUCUAGAGCCGAAUUGGCAGGCAUAAUGAUUUGCGAUGUGAUAUGAUCGUCAAUUGAUCCAACUUUACCUUCUCCGUCUAAAGUAUCACUUUGUGUGGCCAACGCUUGUUCUUUGCAGUAUGCCAUCGUGAACAAGACAUCAUUUGUGAAUCGUCUUUGACCUUCACGAUUUUCCGCUUGUGCCAAAACAUACACUUCACAUGAAUGUGCAUAUGUACGAACGACGAUUGCAGAUAAAAUCAUUAAUUCUCCUACUCCAACUUGAACGUUAAACUCUAAACC